AUGCAAUCUAGUGUUGAUGUUCAUACAUCGCGAACGUCGUUGACCCCCGCGGUGCUCACGCUCCAACACCCCACCAUCUUCAGCAUCACCAGCAACGACAUCGCGACGGCAAAGAUGUGCGAAGCGGCGCUGUGGCUUGCAGGGACAAGAAAAACUCAUCACAGCGUCAUCUCAAACAAGAAGCAGACGACCGAUAGACUUGCCAUGCAACCGCACAUGAACAGAGGGAAGAAUAUCCCACGAUUCACAGAUUUGGAUUACAGGAAGAUUCCCGCAUACACAACAGCAGGUUCAGCUGGCAUCCCCUGGCUUAAGGCUCUGCUCACGGAGGUCCGCGAGCGCGCAUCUACGAGCACGGGACCGCCUACAACACCCAAGGCAGUAGGCGAUACAGAAAGGUGA